AUGAACGGUACCACGCCCUCGCUGAGCCCCGGGUCAGGCACAAAAGCUUCCUCACGAUCCAAAUCGUCUCCAUCUCCCACCGCAGGGAUGAAGCGCAAACGAACGACCGGAAACAAAUUAUAUGCGGUGAAGAAAGGAAACAAGCCGGGCAUUUACUACAGCUGGCCUGACUGCCUGGCGCAAAUUACUGGUUUCAAAGGAGCUAUCUUUCAAUCCUUCCUCACGUUCGAAGACGCCAACGCCUUCCUGUCCGGCGCGAAGAUACCGUCUGCCACUGCCUCUGCCAACGGGGGUGAAAAUACACGUUUCUACGGAGUACAACGAGGGCGUGUGCCCGGAGUGUACACCGAUUGGACGGUGGCACAGCAACAGAUCUGUGGGUUCACGCGGCCAUCCUACCGGAAGUUUGCGACGCGAGAAGAGGCCGAAGAGUUCGUCGAUGCUGGGAAGGAGGGAGCUUUGUCGUCACAUGCAUCUGGAGCCCCUGGCUUGACCAAUGAGAAUCCCAAGGAUGCAGACGGGGUUGAGUAUGCGCCGGGAGACGGACCUUUGCCUGCGGGAGCGGAGGAUGGGUUCGACCCUAAUGUAUUGCUCGACCCGGCCACCGGCAAGAUGGUCUAUAAAGCAGUUGCGAAAAAGACCGGGACGAAGACGCGAGCGACGGGAAUUCCAGGGAUGCUGCGCAUUUACACGGACGGGAGCUCGCUGCGCAAUGGAACCAAGCUCGCCUCUGCUGGAGUGGGUGUAUACUUUGGACCGGGAGAUUCAAGAAAUGUCUCUGAGCCCCUCAAAGGCAGCCGACAGACCAACCAGCGGGCCGAACUGACGGCCAUUCUACGCGCCAUCGAUAUCGCUCCUCGUCAUCGGGACGUGACCAUCUACACAGACAGCCGGUACUCGAUCGACUGCGUGACUGUGUGGUUUGUAAAUUGGCGGCGAAAUCACUGGGUGACCAAGGAUGGCAAACCGGUGGAAAAUCGCGACCUGAUCGAGUCCAUCCUGGUCAAGAUCGAAGAGCGCAACGAGCUUGAAGUGAAGACGCUGUUUCAAUGGAUCAAAGGGCACAACCGCGAUCCGGGGAAUGAGGCAGCCGACCGACUAGCGGUGAACGGGGCCCAUGAGGGUGUCCGGCAAAAGGCCGAAGCACUCGAAGUGAGUCGUCGAGCGCCCGCCGUCGGGCUGGAGGAGGAGCUUUUUUGA